CUCGUCACUUUCUAAUCAAUCACACUUCUCAUCUUACACUCAUUCCUCUCUAUCUCUCUCUCCAAGAACUUCUUCAAGUCUACCGGGAAUGGCACAUACAUUCGAUGCUAAUGUUGUGAUGCAACAAGGGGGAGUUCAACAAGUCCUGAUCUUUUGAACUGGGUUGUUAUGGGGGUUGAGAACCAAUGCUCCAAAGGUGGGAAUUAUAUUGGUGGCUUCCUCCAGAUGUUUGAUUGGAAUGCUAAAUCUAGGAAAAAGUUGUUUUCAAGCAAGUCAGAAGUAACCGAGAAAUCGAAACAGAAGAAAAGAUGUGACGGAAAUUCGCCAAGGACCCAUCUUGCCAUGAUGGAAAUGGAUGAAAAGGCGGCUGUAUCCAGUGUUGGAGGAAGCAGUGAUCAAAGCUGCGCUUCAUCGCUCGUUGAUGAAGACAUUUAUGGGACGAAGGUUCCUGGAGUUGUUGCAAGGCUGAUGGGAUUGGAUUCCUUGCCAAAAUCCAGCAUGUCGGAGCCUUACUCCACUCCACUUUUCAGUUCUAGCUCACUUCGUGAUGCUUAUUACCAAACCAAAAACUGCGAAUACCCUCAGGAAAGCCGCCUGCAGGGCUUGUAUAACCGGAAUGAAAUGGAGCUCAAAUAUCCAAGGGUGACACACAAGCCAGUAGAGAAAUUUCAAACUGAAACCUUGCCGCCAAAAUCAGCCAAAUCAAUUCCAAUCACACACCAUAAACUUCUAUCUCCUAUGAAAAGUGCCAAGUAUAUCCCUCCUAAGGAUGCUGCUCACAUAAUGGAAGCAGCAGCAAGGAUUAUGGAGCCGGGACCAUCUCGAUUGAGUACAACGACAAAGCUGCCUCCGGUAGGAGCUUCUUCAGUCCCUUUGAGAGUAAGGGGUUUGAAGGAGAAGGCUGAAGCAGCACAAAAACCAUCAAAGAUUUUUGAAGGUUCUCAAAGAAAAGCUGAAUCCAGUCUCAGGGGGAACUCAAUGGUUAAGAGCGGGAACAGAUCAGUUGAUGUGGAUCCAAUAAGGGUAAUGCCUGACUCGGAUGGAACAUCGUCUAAUGGUGUGAAAAGUAAUGGAAAGACUAUUUCACUGGCUUUACAGGCAAAGGCCAAUGUUCAGAAGAGAGUGGGCCUAAGUUUGAAUGGCAACAAUAAUACUGUCAGCCAGAAAGAUUCAAGUGAGCUCAGUCCCAAUCUUCCCUUGAAAAGCCAGUCGACAACACUAAGUCCCAAUCAUCCUUUGAAAAGCCAGUCGACUACACAGAAGAGUACGGCAAAGAAACAAUCUAUGCAAAAAGGUUCAAGUGUGCUACAUCAGAACAAUCAGAAGCAAAACUGCAUUGUUGAUAGAGGAAAGUUGUCUUCAAAAUGCAACUCAAAAGGAGGAAAAACACCCAGUGGAGAAUCUUUGUCCACUAGGCAACGAAAUUCUAGCAAAGUUUCCAGCACCUCUCGAGUUAAUUCGAGGAAGUUGAGCUCAGAGGUUAAAGACGACAAACGAGAAGCAUUGCCUUCUUGCAAAGAAAGAGUUACUAGCAAGAAACGAUCUGUAGAUGGGAAUUACCACUUGGGUAAAAAUCAAGCUGUUCAAAACUUGCAGAUGGAUAGAAGUGGGAAAGGCAUCCAAUCUAGGGAUAUUACAGAUAGGCAGAGUAGUUGGGAUCAAGAAAGUGGAGGGAAUGGAACGGAUGUCGUUUCAUUUACUUUCAAAUCUCCAUUGACACGAUUGGCAUCAGAUUCUCUGAUGCCCGGAGAGUCAAGGGAAACUUGUAAGAUCUUGUCAGAAGGCUAUCAAAGUAAAAGAACUGAUGACAUGAGUGGUUCGAGAUUUUCUCUCUGUGGAAAUAAUGUUAAGGGAGGUGAUGCAUUAAACACUCUUUUGGAGAAAAAACUAAAAGAAUUGGCUGAUAAGGUAGAAUUCUCCCAACAAAAUUGCCGAACGGAUUCUAAUGAUAUGAUGCCUAGUUGUGAGGCUUCAGUGAGCUCAAGCAUGUCAGAAUCAUGUAAUGCCAAAGAUGGGGCUCAUGCAGUUGAUACGGUGGGGAUAAAAGAAACACGAACUAGCGAUGGUAAUAUAUCUAGAGCCAGAAAGUUACUCGACCGCAGGCUUCCUAGUCCAGUUUCAGUUCUUGAACAUUCUUCAUUUCCAGACAGUUGCAGUUCGUCAGAUACUGCAGACAGUAAUAGCACUAGAGGCAGCAAGCAGUGUUCAUCAGUCCAAUCUACGGAACUGCUAGACUCUUUUUCCUCGAAUACGUAUCUUGCAGAUGAACCUGAUACUGAGUUAUCAGACUCAGCUUCAUCAACUUCUGUUGAAACUGUGCCCAAAAGGCAGGAGAUUAUCUCAAACUCAACUGACAACGUGAACCGAAGAAGGUGGGAAUUCAAGUACGUGAAGGAGAUGCUAUCCAAUAUAGAGCUGAAGUUCAAUGACUAUGCAGUAGGCAGAACUCAAGGCAUCGUAAACCCUCGUCAUUUUAAUCAGCUAGAAAGUUGCAAUCAGUUCUUGAGCAACGGUGUAGAGAUUCCCGUGAUAGACCAAAGGGCUUUGUUCGACUGUGUUAGUGAAUGCAUAGACCUAAGGUGCAGACAGUUUGUUGGCGGUGGAUACAGAUCGUUGGCUAAAGGUCUGUCGUUGGUUAGACAAGAGGAGACAUUUGCUCAAGAAGUCCACAGAGAAAUAUGUGGUUGGAAAGCAAACAUUGGAGAUUCCAUGAUAGAUGAACUUGUAGAUAAGGAGAUGAGCAAUCAAUAUGGUAGAUGGGUGGACUUUGAUGUCGAAGCAUUUGAAGUUGGGACACAGAUUCAGUCCCAGAUUCUUAAUUCUUUGAUAGAUGAAGUGGUAGUUGAUAUACAUUGAUGCUUUAGCAACCUGAACUGAAAUCAUACCCUUCAAAUUGCAUUGUUAGUUAUUCUCAUUUAUGUAUUUCGAUAAAAUUGAUUAUUCUUCUUAUAACGGAAAUAUUUGCCUCAUUGCAAUCA